AUGGCUGCCGACGCCCCCAGACAAUACGUCCCUCUGACCUGCCACGGCCACUCGCGCCCAGUCCCGCAUAUCAGCUUCUCGCCGCUUGAGAAGGACGACGUGUACUACCUGAUUUCGGCUUGCAAGGUGCUGACCCUGAGCUCUGCAGACGGCAAUCCCAUGCUUCGUGAUGGUCAGACUGGCGACUGGAUCGGCACCUUCAUAGGUCACAAGGGCGCUGUCUGGCAAGCCAGGCUGAGCCCUGACGCUUCCACUGCUGCGACCGCCUCUGCAGACUUCACAGCGAAGAUUUGGGAUACCCAUACUGGCGAGGCCCUGUUAACCCUCCAACACGACCACAUCGUCCGUGCUGUCGCAUACCCUCCCGAUAACUCCGAUUUGGUCGCAACCGGCGGCAUGGAGAAGAAGCUUCGCAUCUUUGACUUGACCGAGAUGAAGCCUGCGUCUGGUGCAGGCGACUCUUCCUACAACGGGAACGGUGUCGGUGCUGCUGCUUUGGCAUCCACGAUUCCGGCUUCUUCAGCUUUCGAGAUUGGAGCCGGAACCCAUACUGCGUCGAUCAAGUUCAUCGUCUGGACUAGGGACCCGAACAUCUUGAUCACAGCCUCUGACAACACUCUACGCUGGUUUGAUCUGCCCUCCCGAAGCAUUAUCAAGCAGGAGGUUCUGGACGGAGAGAUCGGCUCCUGUGAGUUCUGUGCGCUGGCUCCCGAGUACACCUCCAAGACGGACAUUGGCGAAGGCUUCCCGGUCCUGGCUGUUGCAGCUGGCAAGUCGAUCUAUUUCUGGAGUGGGAUCCGUGCAACCGAGGAGCUCAAGCGCGUCAAGAUGGACUACAAGGUUGCCAGUGUCGCAUUGGACCCCAAGGGCAGGAAGAUCGUCGUCGGGGAGGAUAUUCCAGCUACGUGGGCAAGAGUCUAUCGUUGGGACGAUGGUUCCGAGAUUGAUAUCCACAAGGGCCAUCAUGGACCGGUCUGGUCCGUCGCGUUCUCCCCGGACGGGAAGCUGUAUGCCACCGGCUCAGAGGAUGGAACGAUCAAGAUGUGGAAGAACUGCGAGGGCUUCUAUGGCCUCUGGCGCGGUGGUCCAGGAGGAGGAGGAAAUGAAGCGAACGCCCAGUAG